AACAUUGCAUAGAACUGGCCAGGUUUCUUGGCGUUUUGAUGCCAAAUUUUUUCACCGGAUUAUCGGAUUAAACACCAAAGCUGUAGGAUUCGAAUAUGGAUUAUUAUAGUGUGACAAGAUUGUGAAACUAAUUCUGUUGACAAAUAGAUAGCCGCAAGUAGCAAAUGAUCACGUGACCAGCAGAAAAUGACAGUGCCAACCAGCAGACGACCAAUACAAUGAGCAGGGAGUCACUGGGUCAUCACUUCAAGUUGACCUUGAUCUUGGCCCUGACAGGCGCUAGUCUAAGCACAAAAUAUUUCCUGACUGUCCCCUCUAAAGUAAUUUAUGAUGUCAAUUGUACCGCAGUCAUCACAGCGUACGACUUUGACUCGGAUGACUUGGAGCUAGUUGACUUGGAGUACAGAGGUACAACUCCGGAUCGACUACUUCACAAGACAACUUUCACUUUCUAUUCCAAUGGCACACAGAUGUGGAGCGUGUUAUUUCCGUGGGAGAAGGUCAAGGAUACAAGUAUUAUUUUAUUGAUGACAACAGAUGGGCUGACCACUAGCAGAAGUCUGUCCCUUCAGCACCUCGGCGCGAUCAUCAUUCAGACGGACAAGCCAAUCUAUGCACCGGGACAAACGGUCAGGUUCAGAGUCCUAGCAGUAGACGAGCUACAGAGGUUGUCAUGGCAACUGGUCAGGGUAGAGAUCUGGUUCCAAUCUUCUAUUGACCGCAACCAGACCAUUCUAGAGCGACUAGUGCUGUCAGCCGAGGCUGCCUUUAGGGGGGAGAGCUACGAGCUGCCCACCCACGUCCCUCAUGGAGUCUGGUGCCUUGCUGCUUGUCUGCACACUCAGGCAGAUCAAAUUUGUUCAACUGUUGUACAAGAGUUUGUAGUUCAAGACUAUGUCACUCCAGUGGAGCCAAACAAAACAGCCAACAUCAUCAAACAAAAUUUCAAUCAACUGUCUUGCAACCCAAUGACUGAGGCUACAGACAGCAGAGAGCAAACAUCAGACAACCACACAAGCCAAGAAGAUUUUAUUUCCAUCUCAUUGAAGAGCCCUGUAACGGAAGACAGUGAUGGGCUUAUAUUAGUGCAGUAUUUGAAAUCUACAGAAUCAGCAGGAGAAAGCAUUACUGUAACCGUUGUGGCUUUAACUGCCCCUACUUACCAUGUCUUCACUACACUGACUCAAAGAUCAGACAAAGGGACAUCAUCGGUUCUACUACCAAGACAGAUGUACAGAGAGUUAUCUUCCAGUUUUCAAAUAUUUGCCUUCUAUCAUAAAUCUUCAGACAAAAAAAUUAUUUUUAACUCAUUGCCUGUCUGUAGACCUUUGGCUUUUCUAGAGAUCAAUAUAAGAGAUUUGAAUGGUUCAAACAGCAGCAGAUCACCAAAAGACGAGCUUGUCCUUCAGGUAUGGGGCAGCCCAGGUAUGAGAGUUGGACUGGCUGCUGUUGACAUGGCUGUCCUGCAACUCAACAACAAAAAUUCUCUAAUGGCUGAAGCAGUUUUAGAGCAACUGAGAGGCCAGCAUAUAGAUCACGCCCAAGGGAAAAUAGAAAAUUUUACGAAAUUUCUCCAAACCUCUGGCCUUGAGAUUCUGCAUCUACCUGCUGACAACAUUGACACAGCUGCUGACAGUUCUGGUGGUGGCCAGUCAAGAGAGAGGACAGACCAGAACACCAUCAGGAGCUCCUUCCCAGAGUCUUGGCUCUUCCAGGAGGUCAUGCUAGACAAAACAGGAUUCCAGGAGCUGACCUUGAGACUGCCUGACUCCAUCACAACCUGGCAGUUUGUGGCCAUGGGUGUGUCCGCCGCAGGAGGGGUCUGUGUGUCCAACACUCUGGAACAAAAAGUUGAGAAACAUUUUUUUGCUGAUGUCAGAGCCCAACAGCGGGUCAAACGUCUGGAAGAGGUGACAGUCAAUAUCAGCAUCCAUAACCAGAUGGACUGUAGCCUAGAUGUGGAUUUAGUGGUUUCUACAAGUGAGGAGCUCUGUUUUUCUCAGCCAGUACAAGAGGAGAGCUUGGACAAGACUGUACAGCAAAGUAUCAACAUGUUAGAGAGUGGACGAACAAAACAUCUGACAUUAAAGGUGAUCCCGCUAAAAGUUGGUGAGUUUAAUUUGACAGUCAACAGUAGUGGCAGGUGCUCACUGAAGCAGCAGCAGAAAUACAGCGAUGUUGUCAUCAAGACACUACAUGUAACUGAUGAAGGCCAGAAGGUCAAAAGGUCAAUUGUAAUUUUGUUGGACCCAGAAGCAAAACAUGUGACCUUUAAAGCUGUUCAUAAGAACAAAAUCAAGCUGACCAAUACUGCCACUGUCACAAAUAGUUUUCACACAAAAAAAAAAUGGCAACGCACAAAAAUUGAUCUGGCAAUGCCAAACAACAUUAUUCCUGGUACAGAGAGAUGCCACAUUUUAGCUUUUGGUGAUUUGAUGGGUGACAUUGUGACACAGACACUGCGACAUUCCAGACAUCUCCUGGACCACCCCACGCACAAUGUGGAGAGUGUACUAGGUGACCUGGGGCCUACAGUUCAUGCUCUCUUGUAUCUUAAGGCCGCUGGACGAUUGGACGACAGUCUCAAUGAUAGGGGUCAUCGCUUUAUCAGACAGGGUGUGACCCAACUACUUAGGUACAGGCAUGGGAGAGCAUUCAGACAGACACCAGGUUCUCCAGACUCGACAUGGCUGACCACUGCUGUACUGCGGACACUCUGUUUGUCCAACCAGACUGGCAUGGCCUACAUUGACAAAACUCUGCUGGACGAUGGCUUCAACUGGCUGAGUCUGCAGGUCACAGCUAGCGGAAUGUUGCAGGAGUUGGACGCCAGGUCCACACAGAGAAGUCGUGAGGAUGAGCUGAUGUUGCUGUCUGAUGUGCUCAUUGCCUUGUUGGAGUGUAACAGUACUGUUAGGGAAGACCAGCGCUGGCUGCAGUGGGAGAUGAUCAGCACCUUGUCCAAGGUCAUGAAGGUCAUGAGGCAGCCCCUGCUCCUGGCUAAAACUCUUUAUGCCCUGCUUCUUGCCAACCACACCCAGGGCACACAGGACGCCUUGCACAGGUUGGGGGCACUGAGGACCACAAGAUUUGGUCUGAAUUACUGGACACAAAAUGGAAGGGAAAAAAAAGUUGGGAAGAAUGUUCCGCUCUGGUACCAAGAAGAAGCUGAGGCCAGCUCUGUGGAGGCUACAGCCUAUGCUCUGCUUGUUUUCUUGGAACAUGAAACUCAAGUCAACAUUGACUCCAUUGGGGAAUGGCUGGUGGCCCAGAGAGGCCUGUAUGGGGCAUACAGAGGAGCAAUGGACAGCACUGCAGCCAUCCACGCCCUAGCCAAGUACACCCUCCACCAGUACAAGAAAGGUUUUGGUCUUCAUCUAGACCUCAGGUGUAACGUCAGUUCAGGACAGGAGAGAAAAGCUUUUUUACACGUGACAAAGGACAACGCCACCCAGCCGCAGCUUAUCCGUCAUGUUCCAAUAGGUCAAGUUUUGAUGAUCAAAACACAAGGUAAAGGUCUUGGUCAAGUCCAUAUCAAUGUGGAGUACAGCGUCCCUGUCAACAACACUUGUGGCCAGGAUUUAAUGGUCCAACUGAGCUAUCCAGAGUUCAUUCAUUCAGGUCAAGGACAUAGCUGUUAUACCUUCCAGUCAAGUCAGAUGAGAGAGCAGAGAAAUGAAAAAGAAAUGAAUUUGACCAAUCACAAGAUUGGCUACGUCAAACCGAGGAAAUUCAAGUUGAUUGAAUUGACCCAAAAAUGUCGUGAGAGAACGUUAAAAUUACCCAGAAAUCUGAACAGAGCUGGGACUAGCAGGUACGAGAGUCUGUCAUUUAUUGACCCAAACAGACGGCCCCAGUCAGCACAUGUCAGCCCAAACAGACGGCCCCAGUCAGCACAUGUCAGCCCAAAUAGACAGCGUCGGUCAGCACAUGUCAGCCCACACAGACAGCGUCGGUCAGCACAUGUCAGCCCAAACAGACAGCGUCGGUCAGCACAUGUCAGCCCAAACAGACAGCGUCGGUCAGCACAUGUCAGCCCAAACAGACAGCGUCGGUCAGCACAUGUCAGCCCAAAUAGACAGCGUCGGUCAGCAAAUUGGACUAGCAGUUAUGAAAUUAUUUUUAUCAACAUUUGUCUCAGUAAUACCAGCAGCAACGUGACAGUUGGCGUUGAGAUGUUGACGGGAUACCAGCCAGUGGCACAAGACCUUCAGGGUUUACAGACCAACAGCAGUUGUUCAGUUGUUAAUGUGGAGUACAAGAAUGGAAUUGUCAACAUUCAGCUCACUCAGGGCCCCAGCCCCAGCCCUGACCACCCAGCGCCCACUGUUACAACUUGCCUUGGGUUCCGUGCUGUGCAAUACAUGAAGGUGAACAGACUCAGGCCUGGGCUGGUGACCUUGAGAGACAGCAGACAACAAGAGCCUUACUGUAGGAGAGCAUACUACCACAGGAACACACACAGGGGUUUUGUCUGUAAUGAAACCAACAUCUGUAGGUGUUUUUCAGGACAUUGCAGUAAAAUGCAUGAAAUAAAUGAGCUAUUUGGUCUGCAUGAGCUGAAACUAUAUCUCAAUGCUUCAGAAGUUGCAUACAAGCUCCACCUUCCAAAAAUCUGGAGAAACUUAACAACUGACUUGAUGACAUCCCAGGCUAAAGUCUCCUCCAUCAACCUGCCAGGCUGCCAGCACACAGCACUGGGCGAGGUCACACUCAUCCGUCCCUCGUCUUGUUGGGGCAUCCAGUCCAGGCUGGAGAACAAGACAGAUUGGUAUUUCUUGUCUAGGGGCAUCCACAGAUUUGUUGACGCGCAGGGAAAAUCAGUAUACCAGCAGCUGCUGGAUGACAGCUCCAGCUUUCUUGACAUCUCAAAUGACACGCUGCCCAUACUUGAAGAUGCUUGCAGGAGGCGCUGGAAGACUUGACAUUCAGAUGUCUGGAGUGUCAUUUGACAUGUUAUGUAAACGGUGUAGCUACUAUCAUGUCAUUUGACAUGUUAUGUAAACGGUGUAGCUAUUAUCAUGUCAUUUGACAUGUUAUGAAAACGGUGUAGCUAUUAUCAUGUCAUUUGACAUGUUAUGUAAACGGUGUAGCUAUUAUCAUGUCAUUUGACAUGUUAUGUAAACGGUGUAGCUAUUAUCAUGUCAUUUGACAUGUUAUGUAAACGGUGUAGCUAUCAUCAUGUCAUCUAGUUACAAUCAUGUGACAUCACUACUAUCAUCAUGUAAUGACAUCUGAGUAAAACACUAUCAUGACAUGUUGUGGCUACCCUAUUGGCUACCUUGUUGUAAUUAUAAAAUCUUGCUGUAAAUAAUAUUAGAAUGUCAUGUAAUAAAAAUUAUUUUAAAAA